CGUGGUCCCGCCCCUUCCCGCGAGCGCACCGCGGUCGCGGCGGCCCCGCCAUGCUCCGCCUGGUCCCGGCGCUGCUGUGCCGCCUGCCCCGCGCCCGGCCCUGCGCCUCGGUGUUGCGGCGUGGGACGGCGGCGGCAGCCGGCGGUGAGGAAGAGCAGUUCGUAUUCCCCGAGUACGAGCCGGAGCCGGGUGAGGCGGCGGCGGCGGUGGCGGCGGCAGCUCGCCCCCGGCGGCAGCGGCAGCGGGAACCGGCUGAGGAGCGAGCCCCGAUGGGGUAUCCCGACCCGUCGCUGCCUCCGAGCGGCGUGAGCUGCUCGGGUUGCGGGGCCGAGCUGCAGUGCCGCGACGCUGACGCGCCGGGCUUCGUGCCGGCGGAGAAGUACCGGGAGCUUGGAACGGGGCUGCGGGGCGCCCGGUGCCAGCGAUGCUGGGUACUCGCCCACUACGGGCGCGCCCUGCGGCUGCGCCUGCCGCCAGAGCGACACCGGCACGUGGUGAGCGCCGCCCUGCGCCGCCCGACGCCCCACGGCCGCGGCUCCCUUCUGCUCUACCUGCUCGACGUCCUGGAGCUGCCCGACCCGGUGCUGCCGCAGCUGCCCGCGCUGCUCGGGCCCGGCGUGCCCGUGGCGGGGCUGCUAGUGGUGGGCAACAAGGUGGACCUGCUGCCCGCCGACAGCCCCGGCUACCUGGGGCGGCUGCGGGAGCGCGUGGCGGAGGCCUGCGAGCAGGCCGGGCUGCGCCAGGCUCCGCUGGUAGACGUGCGCCUCGUGAGCGCCAAGACGGGCUAUGGGCUGGAGGGGCUGGUCAGCCGGCUGCUGCGCUCCUGGAGGUGCGCUGGGGACGUCUACUUGCUGGGAGCCACCAACUCGGGCAAAUCCACACUCUUCAACAUCCUGCUGCGCUCAGACUACUGCAAGUCCCGUGCCCCUGAUGUUGUCGACAGGGCCACCGUCUCCUCUUGGCCAGGAACAACACUGAACCUCUUGAAAUUUCCAAUUAUUAAUCCUACAUGUGACAGGAUAUUCCGAAGGCAGGAGAGGCUGAAAGAGGAGGCAGCAAAAACAGAAGAUCAACUAAGCGAUGAAGAAAGAAAGGACCUUAAUCACCUUAAAAAGCAAGGUUACUUAGUGGGAAGAGUUGGGAGAACGUUUCAACGGCAGAAGACUAUCCCUGUAAUUGACUUUGACCCUGACAUGCUCUCAUACAGUGUAGAUGAAGAUCCCAGAGAUUCCCCUAGGAAGUCUGAGGAAAGGGAAGAGUUCACAUACAACGAAGUGAAGGAUGCACGCUGGUGUUUUGACACUCCAGGGAUUGUAAAGGAAAACUGUGUUUUAAAUCUCCUCACAGAGAAAGAAGUAAAGCUGGUUUUGCCAACACAUGCCAUCGUUCCACGGACUUUCAUUCUCAAGCCAGGAAUGGUCUUGUUUUUAGCAGCCUUGGGGCGUGUAGACUACUUAGAGGGAGAAAAGCCUGCCUGGUUUUCUGUCAUGGCUUCUAACCAGUUGCCAGUCCACAUUUCUACCCUGAGUAACGCAGAUGCCAUCUACGAGAAACAUGCUGACCAGGGCUUACUAAAGGUUCCCAUGGGUGGGGAAGAGCGAAUGAAAGAGUUUCCCCCGCUUGUUCCUCAGGAUAUUACACUGAAAGGGAUUGGCACCACCGAAGCAGUCGCGGAUAUCAAGCUUUCCUCUGCAGGCUGGGUGGCAGUGACGGCUCAUGCAGAAGAGAAACUAUUGCUCCGAGCCUAUACUCCCAAGGGCACGGCACUGGUGGUGCGAGAGCCUCCACUUUUGCCGUAUAUCAGUGCCAUCAGAGGGGCCCGAAUUGCAGGCACUGCUGCCUAUAGGACUAAGAAGCCUCCAUCCCUUGUGGAAAACCUGAAAACCAGGGGGAGGAGGUAGCACUUCUCAUCACCUGAGCAAGACAGAACAACUUCUGGAGAACCUUGUUGCUUACUCAUACUUGAGAGAGAGACCUUGGACUCCUUUUUAAAUGCACAUAGGCACAUCUUUAAAACCAGGCCUGCAGGGACAUAAAGCGCGUGAUUCUGUUCCCCACAAGCCCCGGUGCAUCUACUGAUCUGCAGGCAUUUUGAAUGAGCUGAGUGGCUGGUACCUGGCUGUGAGAGGUGGAAGAGCUUCUCCCUGGGACCUGCCAGUAGCUGUGAGCAAAUCCUUUUGCCUGUUCCCUCUUGAAAUACAGGAUGGAAACUCACCUGCCUGCCCUGGGCUGGCUUUGCUGCUCAUAAAGCAGUAGGUCUCCUCUUGCAGACAUGCUCCCACAGGUCAGAAACCAUCACCUUGUUCUUGGAGGCUUUAUGGUGUUUCCAGAGCUGAAGGAGGUGGAGGGAGUGGGGAGGAGCCAGGGAGAAUGCUCCAGUGUGGGUACGAGCCACCUACUAGCUAAUAGGAAUUCAACAUCGACCAAAAAUCUCGUCCUUUCAGUCCUUCAGCAUCUGGGGCAGGUGAAGGGAGUGCAACACUCUGCUUUUAGACACAGGAAAGGUGAACUAAUGAAAAGUAGGCCUGUUCAUGUGCCUGAAGAGGAAGCUUUUUCAACUCACUGCUUUGGUUUGGUUUCUGUAGCUUGUGUAAAGGUUUCUGAAAUUGAGGGUUGAGAAUAAACAACAACCCAAAGGCGUUUACUCUUUUGUAUC